CGCAGUGACGACAAUAACAAAACACAGCAGCAGCAUUAGCGGAGCAAUACACAACAAAAACCUCGGUGACAGAACUCAUCCAUCCAGACCUACAUGUUUUUAAAGAUGACCUACUUAUAAAAGUAUUCAAGCUCAUUGUAGUUGGAUUUCUACGUUUUAUGGGAUUUAAAAAUAAAGGCCCGUGUUUGGCGUGAUGAGCGUUAGCCUGUUAGCACGACAGCUUCAACGUCUAACUGACAGAAACCUUAACAUUUCAGCCCAAAUCAACCCAAUAUUCUGCUUUAAUGCAGAUAAUGGACUGAAGAAAGUGCAGCCAAAAUUGACUAGAUGAACAAAUCAAGCGGGAGGGAGAUUCAGCGGAGAAUUCAACAUGAAGUUGUAUGUGUUUCAAGUCAACAACGGAAGCACAUUGACGUUUGACACUGAACUUGCUGUCCAAACUGUUUUGGACCUUAAACAUGCCAUUCAGGCCAAAUAUAAGAUUGCAAUCCAGCACCAGGUGCUGGUGGUCAAUGGAGGGGAGUGUAUGGUGGCAGAGAGGCGCGUGUGCAGUUACAGUGCUGGAACGGACACCAACCCGAUCUUCUUGUUCAACAAAGAGAUGAUCCUGUGUGACCGAGCUCCAACCAUCCCCAAAACGACCUUCUCCAUUGAGAAUGAGAUGGAGCUGAAGGUGGAGGAGUCGCUCAUGAUGCCUGCUGUCUUUCACACUGUCGCCUCCCGCACUCAGCUUGCUGUGGAAAUGUUUGAGGUUGCCAAGAAGCUGAGCUCCUUCUGUGAGCGUCUGGUCCAUGAUGAACACCUUCAGCACCAGGGAUGGGCGGCCAUCAUGGCCAACCUAGAUGAUUGCACCCUCUCCUAUCAAAAACUCCUCUUGAAAUUCGACAGUGCUUAUACAGAUUACCAACAUGACUUUGAAGACAUCAAAUUAAAACUUACCAAACUUGGCACUGCUGUUUCAGUCAUGGCAAAGAUCCCGCUGCUGGAAUGUUUGACUCGGAAUAGCUACAGAGAAUGCUUGGAGAAAUCCAGCUCCCCACACCCAAGAACCACUGAUGAAGGUGACGAUAAUGAGGAAGAUGCAGGAGAAACAUCCACCCAGUCCGCUAUCCUCUGCCCCACUGCCACCCAGAAGAAUCGUAAGUCGCCUUCGCCAAUCUCUGCAUCAGGAGAAGCAUCGUCCCAGGUGUCUUCCUCUCUUCAGGACAGACUGAAGGGCAGCUGUAGUCUAAAAGCAGCUCUACAGGAAGAGGAGGAAUCUCCGGAGAGGGGAGCCACGCCCACUUUCAAUGUCACUCUGUUGGAUUGGAUCAAUGUGCAGGACAGACCUAAUGAUGUGGAGUCGGUAGUGAGAAAGUGUUUUGACUCAAUCAACAGGCUUGAUCCCCGAAUUAUCCAACCGUUUCUAUCUGAAUGCCGUGAGACGAUUACCAAACUGGAUAAUCAGAACAUGAAGGCCAUCAAAGGUCUUGAAGACAGAUUGUAUGCACUUGACCAAAUGAUUGCAAGCUGUAAAAAGUUGGUCAAUGAACAGAAGGAACUUGCUCAGGGAUUUCAUGCCAAUCAGAUGAGGGCUGAAAACCUGAAGGACACCUCAGUUUUGCCUGACCUGUGUCUGAGUCACGCCAACCAGCUGAUGAUCAUGCUGACCAAUCACAGGAAGCUACUAGACAUCAAGCAGAAGUGUACCACUGCCAAACAGGAGCUUGCCAACAACCUUCAAGUUCGUCUCAAAUGGUGCUGCUACGUGAUGCUUCACGCUGAUCAGGAUGGAAAGAGGCUGCAGGCUUUGCUGAGGCUGCUAACGGAGCUGCUGGAGCGUGUACGGGUGGUGGAGGCGCUCAGCACAGUGCCACAGAUGUAUUGUCUCGCCGUAGUGGAGGUGGUCAGGCGCAAAAUGUUCGUAGGACACUACAGACAGUGGGCCAGUGCUCUUGUUAAAGAUGGGAAGAACCUCUAUGAGGCCGAAAAAGUGAAAAGGGAAAGCUUUGGGAAGCUCUUCAGGAAAUCGUUUCUCAAAAAUCGGUUGUUUCGAGGACUGGAUUCAUGGCCAUCUUCUUCAUUUUGUACCCGAAAGCCUCGAAAGUUUGACUUUGAGCUUCCAGAUAUUUCCCUGAGUGAUCUACAGUAUCUCAAGACCUGUUGUCCUUCCGAUGUUCAACCUUAUCUCAGGGUCCCGACACUGUGUGAUUUUGAGCCUCUCAACCAGCAUGUUGAGGUUCUCCAUCAACUGGUUCAGGCUGCUCAGAGUGUGGAUGAGAUGUCACAAACUGUCACAGACCUAUUAAAUGAACAAAAGGUUUGCUGUAGCCAGAUUGCUCAAAGAUCCACUGCAUUAACACCCAGAUCUGAAAGCACAAUGGAAAACACCACGAUCUCCACCAAAAUGUUGUCCACUCUUAGUCUGAAAGCACCGGACUGCCAACCCCUGUCCCUCCCUGGUCCCUUGGAGGACCUGUCACCGGACAGCAUAGAUGCCCAGACCUUUGACUUUGAAACCAUUGGGCACCCUAACAUGGAUCCGGUAUUACAGCAGAGCUCGUUGGACUUGGACUCAUUGGCUGAAAGUCCAGAGUCUGACUUCAUGUCAGCUGUUAAUGAGUUUGUUAUUGAGGAGAAUUUGAUGUCACCUAAUCCGAUCAGUGAUCCCACAAGCCCAGAGAUGAUGGUGGAGUCUCUUUACUCUUCUGUCAUAAAUGCAAUCGACAGUAAGCGGAUCCAGGACACUACUACACUCGAGAAGGAAAAUUUAAAGAUUGCAGCACUCAAGCUGUCAGCAGACAGGUACCGUUCUGCUGCCGAAGAGUCCCAGAACAACUUGAGGAAAAUCAAAGAUGACCUUCACCACUUUCGAGGUCUUGUUUUGAAGGAGCAACGGGACUUUGGAUUUGCCCUGAAAACAAUGAUCAUUGAGGUCCAAAACGUUCUCAACAGUAUCGGAAACUAUCACGAGAAGGAACUAAGAGAAAUGCAGCAAACCAGUCUCCAGACUUUGAAGGUUGAUCAUGAAAAACAGAUACAGACUCUCACUGAAGAGCUGGAGGGCAAUCUGAAAAUUGUCAGAGAUGUUCAGAGGGCCAUGCUGGACCUUGAGGGACUUGUAGAGCGCAAGGAGAAGGAAAUAUCCCAGCUGGAGAGCGAAAGGGAUCAUUCAAUGCAAGAUCUGCAGAAUCUUCACAAACAGACCGUGCAGGACCUUGAGGAAAAGAUUUUGAAGCAAAGUGAGGAGCUGAAAGCGGCUUUGCUGUCCAAGGACGAACUUGCAGGGCAACUGGAGAACCUUCACUUUGAGAUUGAGCGUAGCCAACAGAAAAUCAAACAGGAGAUGGAGAACUCGGAGAAAAAGCACCUUCAAGAACUGGGGGCACGGUUGAGCCAACAACAUGAAGCAGAGCUGGCAUCUGUCAGACUGGCAAAACAAAGUGCACUUGAUGACCUUGCCCAGGAGAACCUGGUAAAGCUAAGAGAGCUGAUGGAUUCUCACUCGGCUGAGCUCAAGGAACGUGAAGGCCGUUUGAAAGACUUGGAAGCCCGUGUCACGGAUCUUGCGGAUGCUCGCUGUAAAUUAGAAGUUGAGCUGGCUCUUAAGGAUGCAGAGACAGAGGAUAUCAGAUUGCAGUACGAGGAGGCCAAAAGCUCCCAAGAGGAAAUGUUGAAAGCAGAGCUGACUACCCAAACAGCCGCCCUACAGACACAGAUAGAGACAUUGAGCCAGCAACUCCAGCAGAAAAAUGAAGAGUAUGAGAUGGGGCUGGCCGAGCUACGAGCACUCAUGAGGUUGGAGAAGGAUCACUGCAUUUCUGAGCUCAUGGAUCGGCACGAAGAGGAGAGCGCCUUGCUUCGACAUGAGUUUUCAGCGCUCAAACAAAAGUCGCAGGAUGCGGAGAAAGACUGCGAGGAACGUCUCCAGAAGAUGCAGCAAGAUUACGAGGACCAGCUUGUUGCCUUACAGACGGAGAUGGAGGAUGAACGGAGAGCUUUCCAAGAGAAGGAGCGAGAUCUAAGGACUAUUACUAGUGACCUGCAGGCGGAAAACGCUCUAUUGUCGGGAAGGCUGGAUCAGGAAAGGACUGAAGCCCUACAGAGGGUGGAGGACGAGAAGGAAGUGGCAGUUAAAACUGCACUACAAGAGGCCUUAAGAGAUUUUCAACUCCAAAAAGAGGAGCUUGAGACAAGACUGUUUGAAAAAACUGAACUACUUGAAAAUCAGCUCAAAGACAGACAAUCCACUGAGACAGUGGCAGCUCCUGUAGAGCAGACAGAGGCUGGUGUGGAGGCCGGUGCUGGGUCGCCGCUGGACAGUGGCCAAUGGUCGGAGGAGAGGGCAUCCCUCUUGGCCAAGCUGGAGCUCUUGGAACGUACAAAGAAUGAGGAGAUGCAGAACUUAAAGACCUCGCUUGUUGCUGAGCAGCAGACGAACUUCAACACUGUUCUGACUCGGGAGAAACUAAAGAAAGAGCAAAUAAUCAAUGAUCUUACAGAGAAGCUCAACAAUGUGAUGCAGCAACAAGAGAAAGAUAAAGGCCUGAUUGAGACGCUCUCUGAGGACCGCGCAAGCAUCCUUCAGGAGAAGAAACAGCUGGAGGAGGAGCUCAACCGCCUGCGAAACACCGUCCUCGUCUCUUCGUCUUUCUUUCCACCCAAUCCCGUCCCGGUCGCUGCAGAAGCCCAAGGUGCCUGUGGACCCGCCAACGCAGAAGCCCUUUCACCCACCAUCCCUGACCCAGAGAGGCUGGCAUCCCUGGCUGCGUUCAGGGAUGAGGAGAGGGUGGAGUCAGCAGUGGAGGCCAGCUUGAUGACAGUGCAUGACCACACUAUGCUAUCUGAAGAGAAACAGCGCAUACUGAUUUUGGAAAGGACCUUACAUAUGAAGGAAGAAGAGAACAAAAGACUUAGUCAGAGACUGAUGUCACAGAGUAUGUCGUCCGUGUCAUCAAGGCACACUGAGAAAAUCGCCAUCCGAGAUUUUCAGGUGGGUGACUUGGUUCUCAUAAUUCUGGACGAGAGGCACGAUAAUUACGUUCUCUUCACUGUUGGUCCCACUCUUUAUUUCCUGCAUUCAGAGUCCCUUACUGCACUGGACCUCAAACCAGCGACAGGAGCCACACGGCGGCCUUGGGUUCUAGGAAAAGUCAUGGAGAAGGAAUAUUGCCAAGCCAAAAAGGCCCAAAACCGGUUCAAAGUUCCUCUCGGCACCAAAUUCUACAGAGUAAAAGCCGUGCCAUGGAAUAAGAAAGUGUAACCUUGUAUAAUUAUCAUAUUGUAAUUAGCUCACUAUGUUUUUAUUCCUUUUUGUUUUUUAAAGCAAUCUCACUCAACCUUUAUCAUUUUGUCAAUAUCAGAGGACAAAACCAUUUCUCCCCUUAUUUUUUAUUUUUAUUUUUUUUUGCCUUGUUGCAACUCAUGUUAUCUCAUUUUUUUAUAUGCAGAGGAUUUGUAUAUGUGGACCAAAUGAUAAUAACUUUAUUGGGACAUUGCUCCGUGUAUGAUGGCUCCAAAGCCAUUACAAGAAGUCUGUAAAAUUAACAAAAUGUAUUUGGAUGUUACAUAUUAGUGCAUCAUCUUUAUCAAUAUUAUGGUUGACAAAUAAAACACUAUCACGAUCAGCUUAAUUACUUCAGAGGGAUAUGAAAAUAUGCAUUUAUUGUAAAUGUUACCAGAGGAAUGGUCAUGGCAUGCAUAUAGAUAUAUUUUCUUUGAUUUACUUGUCUGGAUAUGCAUUGUAGUUGGAGGUAUUGGUAAAAAAAACUGCUGAUUGUUACUCAUGGCACAGUAUGACCCACCUGUUUAUUAUGAAGUACAUUUGGAUGGCCUGACAGACGACAGGCUUCACAAUCCUUCAGAUGCACUUUCAAAAAAAAAAGACGAUGCUUUUGUUGAUUCAAAAGGGAGGCAUUUGUGCUGUCAAAAACAAGCUGUUGUAGGAUGUUGAGAUAUAGAAAGUAAUAUUUCAUGUUUGUGAAUGUGUGUCUUUAUUGAAUUAAAUGAUGACAUUGUAUAUUAUUCAUCAAACCACACCGGUAACAAAAAAAAUGACUGUAUUAUAAAAGAAUUUAGAGUUUUCAAAACAAUAAAGGUUUGAUCCCAAACUCCUUGCAAUGGAUUGCAUUACCCACAGUUCAUUGUUAUAUUUAUUC